AAUGCAAACUAUAAUACAACCAUAAACUUGAGAUAUAACAAUGAAGCAAUCUCAAUCUUGAGACAUCGAAACAUUUGUUAUUAGCUUCAUUUUAAUUGGUACUAUUUAUGAGUUGAAUUAAAUUUGAUCAACAGAAAAAAAAAAAAUUAAAAUUGUAUAAGAAAAUGUCAGACGACGACAGUGAUCAAGGUAGUUUUCGUGGUGGUAGUGGAAGUGAAGCUGAGGAGGAAUCAAAUCCACGUUAUCGUAAGCAUGCAUCAAGUCGCAGUGCAAGUAGAAGCCGUAGUCAUUCACCAAGUGGAUCCGAAGCUGAAGAAAAUAAUCAUGAAGAAGAAGUUGCUGAUGAACAAGAACCAGAUGGCGAAGAUUUAAAUUCUGAAGAUGAGUAUGAUGAAGAAGAAGAUGAAGAAGAUGAUCGCCCGGGCAAGAAAAAGAAGAAAAAUGAACGAUUUGGUGGUUUUAUUAUUGACGAAGCUGAUGUAGAUGAUGAGGCUGAAGAAGAUGAUGAUUGGGAAGAUGGGGCUGGUGAAUAUGGUAUUGUUGCUAAUGAAGUUGAUGAACUAGGUCCAACUGCAAGAGAAAUUGAAGGACGAAGACGUGGAACUAAUCUCUGGGAUACUCAAAAUGAAGAUGAAAUUGAAGAAUAUUUGCGUAAAAAAUAUGCCGAUGCUUCAGCUACAAUAAAACAUUUUGGAGAUGCUGGAGAAGAAUUAGCAGAUGAAAUUACACAACAAACUCUUUUACCUGGUGUUAAGGACCCUAAUUUAUGGAUGGUAAAAUGUCGUAUUGGUGAUGAAAAAAAUACAGCUUUAUUGUUAAUGCGCAAGUAUAUUGCUUAUCAGUUUACUGAAGAUCCAUUAAAAAUCAAAUCUAUAGUUUCUCCUGAAGGUGUUAAGGGCUAUAUAUAUAUUGAAUCUUAUAAACAAACUCAUGUCAAGUCAGCUAUUGAAAAUGUUAGUAGUCUUAAAAUGGGAUUUUGGAAACAACAAAUGGUACCUAUUAAAGAAAUGACUGAUGUAUUAAAAGUUGUUAAAGUACAAACAGGUUUAAGAUCUAAGCAAUGGGUUAGAUUAAAAAGAGGUCUAUACAAAGAUGACAUAGCUCAGGUGGAUUAUGUAGAUUUAGCUCAAAACCAUGUACAUUUAAAACUACUCCCAAGGAUUGAUUACACUAGACCUCGUGGUGCUCUUAGAGCAUCAAUGGACCCAGAAGCUUUGAAGAGAAAGAAAAAAAGACGUCCUGCAGCUAAGCCAUUUGAUCCAGAAGCUAUCAGAGCUAUAGGUGGUGAAGUUACUAGUGAUGGUGACUUUUUAAUAUUUGAAGGAAAUAGGUAUAGUCGUAAAGGCUUUUUGUACAAAAAUUUCUAUAUGAAUGCAAUAACUGCUGAUGGAGUCAAACCUACCUUAUCUGAACUUGAAAAAUUUGAAGAAGCACCUGAAGGCAUAGACAUAGAAUUACCUGUGUCAAAUAAAGAUAAUUCUGCUAACAGUCAGUCAUUAAGUUCUGGUGAUAAUGUUGAAGUAUGCACUGGAGAGUUAAUCAAUUUACAAGGAAAAGUAUUAUCAAUUGAUGGUGAUAUGGUCACUAUUAUGCCAAAACACGAAGAACUCAAAAUGCCUCUGGAGUUCAUGGCUAAUGAAUUACGGAAAUUUUUUAAACAAGGUGAUCAUGUAAGAGUUGUAGGAGGACGUUAUGAGGGUGAUACAGGACUUAUUGUACGUGUAGAACAAAAUCGUAUUGUGUUAUUUUCUGAUGUUACAAUGCAUGAACUUGAAGUUCUUCCUCGUGAUUUACAAUUGUGCUCUGAUAUGGCAUCUGGUGUUGAUUCUCUUGGUCAAUUCCAAUGGGGAGAUCUUGUACAGUUAGACCCGCAAAAUGUUGGAGUAAUAGUACGGAUUGAGCGUGAAAAAAUGCAUAUUUUGAAUAUGUCAGGAAAGUUGGUUGAAGCUAAACCACAAUCUUUGAACAAGAAAAAAGAACAUAGGAAUACAAUUGGAGUAGAUGCUUUGGGAAGUUCAAUCCAAAGAAAAGAUAUUGUUAAAGUUAUUGAUGGUCCACACACAGGUAUGCAUGGUGAAAUCAAACAUUUAUAUCGUCACCAUGCUUUUUUAUAUUCUCGUUUAAUGACCGACAAUGGAGGGAUUUUUGUUUGUCGUUUGAGACACAUCGCUCUUGCUGGAAACUCCACUAAUAAACAAGCCAUAUCUGCACCACAAAAUGGAUUUGCAUCUCCGCAAAUUACAUCACCUCGUUAUACUCCAGGUAGUCCGUUUGGUGCUGGUGGUAGUGCUGCUGCCGGCGGUGGUCGUGGAAGUGGCGGAGGGGCAGGAGGUAGAUUUGGCGGAGUUCGAAGGGAUCGAGAUUUAAUUGGCCAGACAAUUAGAAUUACUGGUGGCCCUUACAAGGGUGCUGUUGGUAUUGUAAAAGAUGCAACAGAGUGUACAGCUAGAGUUGAACUUCAUUCUUCAUGUCAAACAAUAUCGGUGGAUAGGAGAAAUAUUACAAUUGUUGGACAACAAUCCAAGGAUGGAAAAACAUCAUCAUACUCUAGAACACCAGCUAAUGCUAUGAUGACUCCAGGAUACCGUGAAGGAGGCAAGACUCCUGUGCAAGGCAUAAUGACACCCAACUAUGAGGUGGGCAAUCGUACACCUCACUUUGGAAAUGUUACUCCAUCACAUGAUGGUUCUAAAACACCUACUCAAGCUUGGGAUCCAUCUGCUGGGUAUACUCCUGCAAGAGUUACAGAUGGUGAUUUAGAUUACCCUAUGGAUCCUGGAACUCCUUAUGCACAAACUCCAAACACAUUGUAUGGUUCUUCAGAUCAUUCUUACUCGCCGUAUCAAGCGAUAUCGCCAUCUGGAGGUGGUGGAUAUAAUAGUAGCAAUUCUUAUAUAAAUACCCCAAGUCCAAAUACUGCCAGUCCUCGUAGUAUUCAGUAUCAUCCAGCACCAUCGCCUUCAGGUUCAUAUGCAAGUUUAAUGACUCCAUCAUCAGUAUCUUCUCCAGGAUUGGCAGCUCCUUCAUUAACAUCAUUUGGUUUACCACCGGGAUGGCAAACCACAGAUAUUUUUGUUCGUAUUGCUGAUUCAGAUUUGGCAGGACAAACUGGAAUUAUUAGAGAUGUUAGUGAAGCAACUUGUAGUGUUUAUUUGCCCGAAGAAGAACGUGUAGUCACUAUAGAAAAUGAUAAUUUGGAACCCAUCAUGCCAAAAUCAAAUGACUAUGUGAAAGUUCUAUGUGGAUCAUAUAGAGAUAGAAUGGGCAAUAUGAUGGCAAUUGAAGGUAGUGAAGGUGUUGUUGUAAUGCCUGACGAGAAAAAUCCUAUAUUGAUCCCACUCUUGCAUUUGUGUAGAGCAAAAUAAUCUACUUUUUUUUUGUGUAUAUUUAUUGUAAUAAUAUUUGGCUAUUUAGUAAGUAUAUUAGAUUAUACAAAUAAGGAAUACAUAUAUUAAA